GCGUCCCUGCCGAAUGUUUGGGGGCGGUGUAGACCCGCGGCCCCGAGGCCCAGAGUCGCCCGGCGCAGGCGCACGCGUACGGGCGGGAAGAUGGCGGCCGGGUUCAAAACUGUGGAACCUCUGGAGUAUUACAGGAGAUUUUUGAAAGAGAACUGCCGUCCUGAUGGAAGAGAACUUGGUGAAUUCAGAACCACAACUGUCAACAUAGGUUCAAUUAGUACUGCAGAUGGUUCUGCUUUAGUGAAGCUGGGAAAUACUACAGUAAUUUGUGGAAUUAAGGCGGAAUUUGCAGCACCACCAACAGAUGGCCCUGAUAAAGGAUAUGUUGUUCCUAAUGUGGAUCUACCACCUCUGUGUUCAUCGAGAUUUCGGUCUGGACCUCCUGGAGAAGAGGCCCAAGUGGCUAGCCAGUUCAUUGCAGAUGUCAUUGAAAAUUCACAGAUAAUUCAGAAAGAAGACUUAUGCAUUUCUCCCGGAAAGCUUUCUUGGGUUCUGUACUGUGAUAUCAUUUGCCUCGACUAUGAUGGGAACAUCUUGGAUGCCUGUACAUUUGCUUUGUUAGCAGCCUUAAAAAAUGUACAGCUGCCAGAAGUUACUAUAAAUGAAGAAACUGGUUUAGCAGAAGUUAAUUUAAAGAAGAAAAGUUAUUUGAAUAUUAGAACUCAUCCAGUUGCAACUUCCUUUGCUAUAUUUGAUGACACUCUGCUCAUAGUUGACCCUACUGGAGAGGAGGAACAUCUGGCAACUGGAACCUUAACAGUAGUAAUGGAUGAGGAAGGCAAGCUAUGUUGUCUUCACAAACCAGGUGGAAGUGGGCUGACUGGAGCUAAACUUCAGGACUGUAUGAGUCGAGCAGUUACCAGACACAAAGAAGUAAAAAAACUGAUGGAUGAAGUAAUUAAGAGUAUGAAACCCAAAUAAACCACCACCACAUUUCCAAAACAGAUUUGUAAAAACUGUAUUUGUUACACUGUGCACAAACCUUUUAUACUAAAUAAAUAUCAAACUACA